UUAAGAUGUUAUUUUUUUCGUAAAAACCUAGUGUUGUAUUUGAAUAUGAACAUUUUUCAAGCCAGUAAGACAAAAUUGGCAGUUCUAGCGACAUUAACUGGAAUAGUUGCUCUCAGAUAUUUAAUUUGUCGUGUUUUUAAACGGAAAAAACGAUCUAAAUGUAUCAUAAUUGACAGCAUCGAUGAUUGGAAUAAUUUUGAAGCUGAAAUACUGGAAACUUUUCGGGAGUCAGCUGUUAUUGGAAUCGAUUGUGAAUGGGUAACUGAAAAUAAUAGGCGAAUUCCAAUUUCACUCUUACAAUUAGCUACUAAUUAUGGCUAUUGCGUCUUAAUUCGCCUCUUCCACAUUCCCGUUUGGCUAACACCUCCUGGCUUAGUAGACUUGUUGAAAGAUAGAAAUAUCUUGAAAGUAGGUGUUGGUGUGAAAGAUGAUAUCGAUAAAUUAUACAACGAUUACUGUUUAGAAGUUUACAAUUUUUUAGAUGUCCGACAUUUAGCUAAAGAUUUGCCAGAAUUGGCAGGGAAAGGUUUGGGAUUAAAAACACUCAGUAAAGUGUUAUUACGUAGAGACUUAAAUAAAAGUUACAGCUUGAGAUGCAGCGACUGGAAUGCCGAUAAACUAAGUACAGACCAACUGAGAUAUGCUGCAGAUGAUGCUAUCGUUUCAGCUCAAAUAUUUCAGGAAUUACGAAGAAGAAAAUAUGGUUGGUUCAGCAGCAUCAGUUGGUUGCAAAGUGAAAUAAGCUUAUAUUGUGAUGUACCUUUCAAACAAACAAAUACAAAUCAAAGUGCUGCACAGAAGAACACUCCCCAAAACAAGACCAAAUCCUACAAAGAGUUUAGAUAUAGUAAACCCCGACAAAAACCCAUGUACGAUAAUUGUCAGUUAGUUGCUCCUGAUGGUGAAUUAUUAUGCAGCUGUGACAAAGGCAAAGCUGAAUGGUAUGUAGAAAAAGGUCUUGGUGAAGUUAUUAAAUUAGAAGAUCCAUUUACUGUUAGGUUAACUUUUGAACCAUCGGGUAGACCUAAGUUGGACAACAUAUUUUAUACUCAACAAAAGGAUAACUGCUGCGUUGUUUGUGGAAGAACUGACAAUUUUCAUCGCAAAUUAGUAGUCCCAUCCGAAUAUAGAAAAUAUUUUCCUAACUUGAUGAAAAAGAAUUUAUCACAUGAUGUACUUUUACUUUGUGUUAUUUGUCACAAACGGAGUAACAUACUAGAUCAUCGAAUGAGAAUGAAACUGGAAGAACUUUGUGAUGCCCCUUUGAUGAAAAAUAAUAGAUUCAAAGUCAAUCCUGAACUGUCCAAGGUGAAAUCGGCUGCUAAAGCUCUUUUACUUUCUGGUGAUAAAAUUCCGGAUGCUCGAAAAAGCGAGUUAGAAAAAGUAAUACUAGAUCAUUAUGAAGUUGAUGCCAUGUCAGCAGAACUUUUAGAUAAGGCAAAUAAUAUUGAUGCCUUUGAUUUAAACGAAGAAUUCAUUCCUCAUGGCCUUAAAGUAUAUCAGUACUUUUGUAAAAAUGGUGGUUUGCUUGAAUUUGAGAAAAUGUGGCGACAGCACUUCUUGGAUACAAUGCAGCCAAAAUUUUUACCAUAUAUGUGGUCAGUUGAGCAUAAUCAUAAACGACUUUGUCUUCAAGUGGUUAAUCAUGAAAGAGACAUUGAUUUCGAUGUUUCUAUACUUGGUCUGAGCCCUGAGUUAUUGAUGGCAGUUGAAAAUAUGAAAGACGAGGACUAUGACUAAUUAAUUGUCUUAUCUUUUAUGAAAAAUUUGCUUUCAUGAAAGUAAUAUGAUUUUAAUUUAUAUCUGCAUGAUUGCAUUCUGGUUCAUCGCAAGAGGUGAUGGCACCUGGAACAACAUUUCUCUGCUUCUUAUUCCUUAAUUAUUAUUAAAUAUAUUAAGUAUAAUAACAUAAAUUCAAUCAUUGUAAACAUUUGCCAUUUUCUAAUUUGGAGAUUACUUAGCUACGACAGGAAUUCCAUAGCAACUGGAGGGUUGGUACAAAUCACAGUGUAACCUCGUUUAGCCUGGCUAACUGGUACCACAGGCAAUCCGGUUGAGCAAAAUCUGCGCAGCAUGGGAAUAAGCAAAGCAAAUCCUUAAAUACCAUACAUACUUGCGUAUAGGUCGACCUCCCUACUUUUAGGAGGAAAAUCAGGAAAAAAUCAAAAACCCACGUAUAAGUUGCACCCCUACUUUCUGGGAAAAAUGGGAAUAUUUUCUAUGAUUUUUUAAUGUAAACACUAUAAUGAGAAGCAAAAUUAAAUAUUCAUUCUGAUGUUAAAGAAGUUUGCUUUUUUUUUCUUUUGGACAAAAAGGGUUCAUUUCUAAGAUUGCAAUUUUUGUCAAGGGUACGAUUUUGCUGUUAAGAGUUUUGUUACUUGUUGUUUUAUUUUGAUUUAAUAUCAAUAAGUUUUGGGCUGUAGCCAUAUUGCACUGUUUAAAAAAAAUCAAAGAGUAUUAUAUAGUGCGAGAAUUCCCACACUUUUCACGUAGCUUGUCUUUUACUGUAAUUAUUUAGUCUUCAUUUCUCGGUCAGACCAUGUAAAAUUAUAGCAGAAUGCAUAAGUAUUUAUUUCAUUGGUGUCUGUUUAAGAGUGGAUUAAAAUUGGGAAAAUCUUCAUUUUCUACUUUUUUUUUUCCAAGAAUUAUUUGUAGUAAAUUUUUGGAAAAUCUGCCUUGCUAAUAAGUUGACCCCCUAACUUUUAGUCUAAUUUUUUUGUACUACAUUUCUUGACU